AACAACCCAUCUCAAGACCUCAAGACCAUCCAGAAACAGCAACAUCAUGUCCCUCGUGGCCGCAUCGGAUCCACAAAACAAGAUGAUCGGUUUUCUUGAUUCCCUGGUCGACUCAUCUCUCGAUACCAGCUCGAAAUCGAUCAAGAACCAUCUCGGUCAGAUAGACAAUGAGAUCACUCGGGUACAGACUCACAUUCAAUCGACAAUCAAAGCUAGUUGGUCAGAUUUUCAACACCAAUCGAUCACUGGUUCAUCCCUAUAUCACCAAUCUUUAAAUCUGGAGGCUCAACUAAACCAGAUCGACGAUAAACUGGACGAUCCUCAAGAUGGUCUGGUUCCCAACCUACUCUGCGCCCUCAAGCAUCAUCAGGCCCUUUCUGCCCAACAUUCUGAGUCAUCUCAAAACGUGAAAGCCAUCAAAUCACUAUCAACUGCCUAUCAACAACUCUUAACGCUCUCAAAGCUCGUUCACUCAGAUGACCUCAUAACAGCUGUAUCAAAACUACCACAGACCAAAUCAGAGGUUGCACUCUUGAAACAGUAUCAAUCGACGUCAAGUCUUGCCAAGCGAGCUGUACUUCGAAUUCAAGAGUUGGAAGAAGAUCUAAAGCAACGGUUGAUUGAUGAUGUCAAGGCUUGUCUUAUCUUGGAAGAUGAUCAGAAAAAAACAGAACACUCGAUCUUCAAAUUCAACGUUUCUGUAAACGCUAGAACACCUCACCAGACACAAUCGUUGAUUCAGUGGAGUUCAGCUGUUGAUGCGUUACAAACCCUGAGUGGCCAGGAGUUUAUCACUACUCAACUCAAGAAAAUCGCCAACAUCUUGAUCGAGAAGAUAAUCGUUCCUCUCAUCGACCCGGUUAUUAGUGGUUCAACGCACCUAAAGCUGAUUCCGGUUGCAACUUCGAAUGAACCAAAUUGCGUAUUGACCUUCGAGCAUCAAGUUGAUGGGAAUUGGCUUGAUCUGUACGAUUCAUUUCGAUUACUGUUUUCCACCCUUCAAGACAGACUUUUGACAAAAUCACUCCAGAAUACAUUCUCUCAGCACUUAACUCCACCUCUCGAAACCAAACUUACCGAUGCUUUAGAUUCUGGCUUACCCAGCUCCGCCCGUGAUCAAGCCCGCCUCAGUCAAUUGACCGACCUCUUAGAACAGACUCGCCUCUUCGGAAACUGGCUGCAAGAUCAUGAUUGGCUUUUCAACUGCCAAAACAAUCGAUUAGUAGAAUGGUGUGACAACGUCCAAGAUCGAUUUCUUCACAAAGUAGCCACUCGAGUCUUGGAACGUGCCAGAAGCGAAAUGAUUACCACGCAAUGGGAAAGUGUUGUAGUGGAGUGGGAAAUUGUACCUGAAGUCGAGACGUUACCUCCGUCCCGCAAUGAAAGCGACUCUGCUCAAAAAUCAUCGCAUACCAUCGAUCGUCCCACAUCCAGCACGUCCGUCCACGGAGCCAGCCAUCACUCAGCUGAGUCCCCCAAGCAAGCUGCAGGCUUCAGGUCCUUAUUCAAUCUUGUCUCAAGUACCUCUCAUCAUAAUCAGCCAUCAGCCGAAACGGCAUCAAAACCAUCAUCACAACAGCCAGCAACGUCUGUAUCGCCAGCCUCCAAGAACUUUCGAUCUUUGUUCAACUUCGGUGCCGAGCGAGAAAACGUUCCCAAUCCUGGAGCUUCUGAUGAGCCUUCAUCCACCUCAACAGAAAAGACUUCAUCUCCCGAGAUCAUCGACCGCCUAUCUGAAUCUUCUCUAUCUCCAUCUAAGACAAAAAAACCAUCUACCCCAUCAAGCUCUCUGCAUGAACUCCCAUCCGAUGAAAUGGAUAGCAAAAUUGAAGAAGAUGUGGACUGGGAUAUGAGUGGAGAGCUCUUGGCCGAUUCAACCCCGUCUUUUACAUCAACUUCUUCCCAGCGCCAUACCCAUUCCUUGAAAGACACAGUCGACGAAGAAAUAGAAGAAGACGCGUGGGGUCUUGAUGAAUCUAAUGAGGAGCCAACAUUGGAUCUGCCAGCUGAAAGUGCAAAGACGAAAGAGAACGCCCCGGCCACAAUGCUCCCGACAUCGCUGGUUUCGAAAGAAGUUAAUGAUAGUGCGGAGGAAGAGGAUCCUGAUCCAGAUGCAUGGGGGUUCGAGCAAGAAGAGGCCAGCCCGACUGAUGAUGAAAUUAUGAGAUUGCGUGGGGGUCUGCCAUCGCCUGUCUCAAGUGAGAUAGAUGAUGACGGAUGGGGCUGGACCGACGAUCUUCCUACCGACAACUCAACCCAGGAAGUCGGUUCUGAAAGUAAAAACUCAGCAAGCAAGGUCUCCAAUAAGACCGUAUCGGACAAUCUAUCCUCUAGUCAAACGGCCCGUGUGGAGCAGUUGACGAUUUCUACGCUAGCACAGCAAGUUUUGGACAUUGUCAAAGAAGUUGUCGAUGAUGCAGCUGAAACCGAAAAGCCUGAUUUUCCUAGCCCUUGUCUCUCACAGUCCGCGCCUGGUUUGAUUAAGCUGGCAUUAGAUGUAGUGGAUCUAUUCCGGAUUGUGAUGCUGGUCCACCACUCGAAGCUGCUCGACUCGGUUCCUUCACUCUGUGUCCAAUUCUCACACGACUGUGAUUGGUUAUCAAAACAAGUCCAGCUGAUCCCUCGAUUGAACGAUUUAGAAGAGACUGCCAAACUCUCUGAACGGUUGAAGGGGCUUGGUGUGACAGUACGAGAGAAGCAAUUGGCUAAUCAAAAGGCUGCGUUGAUGGAAUGUCUUGAUGAGGCCGAAGGCUUUGUCAAGACUUCACGCGAAGAUCGUUUUUCGGCUUGCGAGCGAGCAUGCAAACAAGUUACACAUACCCUUGCAAGUCUGGCUCAAGUUUGGAAGCCGGUGAUGCUACGAUCAGAGUAUCUGAAAUCUCUGGGAAGCUUGGUCGAAUCAGUGCUUCAACGGAUCUUGAAUGAGAUUGAAGAACAGCCUGAUAUCGAAGAAAAUGAUUCGAAACAGCUGAACAUUCUUUGCAAAUCACUCCAUUCUCUGAUCCACUUAUUCGACUUACAACCCGACUUCAAUCAUGCCGAUAUCUAUCGAUACGUUCCCAGUUGGUUCAAAUUUUGUUUCUUGUCUGAAUUGCUAGAAGCCUCGAUGGCGGAUAUUAUGUGGAUGUAUCAAGAGGGACAUCUGGGCGAAUUCAGCCAACAAGAAAUCGUCGGACUGAUCAAAGCGUUAUUCGCGGAUAGUCACUUACGAGCCAAAAACAUCGAUCUCAUCCUUUCUAAUCAGUGA